AUGGCACAGUUACGUGGUGGUGAACGGCCAUUUGCCUCAAUACACAACCUAUUGAAGAUGCUACUCUCACCUCACCAGUCCAACAAGUCGGCCCCUCAAGAUACCGACAUGGGUGAGGAUAUGGAUGAACCUCCCGAUCACCGCUUUCUGAAUACGUCGAUGAGCAACAUGGACGAGGGAGUCGUUUACGUCAAGUCUCCUACCGCCAUGUCUGACCGCAAAGAAUCCCUCCUCACUCGGGCCCUGAAGAACAGCCCCCCUCUCAGCCCCACCGAGCAGCCGUCCUCCUCCCACGAACACAGUUUCUACCGCUCCUACACCUACACCAACAUCAGCGGCAUCUCCACCGCCGAGCUGACCAGCGAUGGUGGCCUGACCAGUCCGUCCUUAUCCAACACCCCGAGCCCGCCGUUGCCCUCCCACAUGACUAGCAAGCCCUCCUCGAUGGGCGAUAAGAGAAAGGCGGAAGCCGUGGAAGGUGGUGAGCACGCGGUGGAGGCAAACCUGGGUCGCAAGCGAUGCAUCAGCUUUGCUUGCGGUCGCAAGACCGAAGAACAAUCAGCCCAGACCCCGCAGCGCUCGACGACGAAAACCAACGAUUCCAGCCCUACACCUACGGAACCCAAGCGCAAGACCGUCCUGACGUUUGUCUGCCCAGCACGGGACCCCGAAACGCGGAGGGAGCGGUCGCCGACCCGCGCCAGUCCCUUCCGGUGCCGUCCUCGCGGAUCCCCUGCUCCCCUCGCACGCAAGGUUUCCCCUAAGAAAGAGACUCUUCCCGCCAAAGACGUCUCGCCCGAGAAGCCUCCAACCGAGCGCAGAGGUGUCCCUACCAAGGGACUCGGCAAGUUUGAGGAGUCUGAGGCCACUCGCUUCCACGAGUUUGCCAGCUCUGUGGAUGAGGAUGACGAAUGGGUUACCAAGUCGGGCGACUACGACCAGAAGAUCACGCUGAAUGACUGCAUGAAGAAGGAGUUCGCCAUCCGGAAACUCGGGGAGGAAGCCGAGGAAGAGGCGCUCGAUGAGGAAGCCGAGGAGGAUGCUGAGGAUUCUGACGAUGACUCAACGGUUCACGACUUCUCUUCCGACGACGACGGAAAUGAGUCAGACAACGAGGCUGGCUUCGCCGACUCGGAUGACGAAAGUGAGAAUGGAUCCGACUAUGAGUGGUGGGCUCCGACUAGCACGACAGCUGCCACCAGCCCCCAGGCUCCAGACUUCACCCGGUUCACUUUCAGCCGUCGCAACUCGAACACCUCCUUCGACUCCGCCAAUGAUAGCCAACAGGCACCGAAGUGGUCCCCCGCGUUCUCCGGAAAGACUACUGGCCGAGUGCCUAUGAAGAUCCCCAAGCUGCGCCCUGGCACUCCCAACCUUCCCGACAGUACGGACUUCGUCUGCGGUACGUUUGACGAGGACCGUCCUCUGGAGGCCGCCUACAAGUCCUGUAUCGAGCAGCGCCGUUUGUCCAAGCAGAUUAUCAUCCCCCAGGAUAUCGACCCCAGUUUCCCCACCUCGGAUCCGGAAGAUAACGAGGACAUUGACGAGGAGGAUGUGGACGAGUCCCUGCCUGACGAAGGGCCUCGAGGACGCACUGGUCGGGACAGCAGCCGCAAGGCUUCUCCCCGCCAGUCCCCCAAGCGCAUGCGCAUGGUUUCCCCUCCUCCACGCCGCCAUGGUCGUGCAUCCCCUCGUCGCCUAAAGUCCCCCCCGCCUAUGAAGCUGCGAUCUUCUACUCAGAAUUUGGAGACUGUGGAAGAGGUUCCUGCCCAGGGUCUCAACAUUAGCGAACUGGUGCAGCGGCCUUCCAUGUCUCGCACCAAGUCUCUUCCCCGUACUCCAAAUCCCUUUUUCACUAGCCUGGACAAGUCUCACCGCUGGUCUGGCAUUGUUCCAGUGCAGGAAUCGCCAGAGCGCGAACUGUCCCGUACCCGCGAGGUGCACACGAGAGGCCCCAUCGAUAUCGUUGAGGGUCUGGAAAAGAAGCGUCAGAAACGAAAGGAGAAGUUCUGGCGCACCCACUGCCGCAAAGCUGCCAAGGAGCAGAUGGAGCGGCGACCGGUCCCCGGCAAAGGUGCUGAACGGAUGAAGGAGCUUGGCCUCGAAGUUGCUGAGAGGUGCAGAGCUUACGGCGUUGGAGAAAGCGCCCAGCUCGUCCUAUCCGUUUAG